ACGAGUUUUCUGCCGGAGCUUUUCCUGCAGGUGUUUCAUUUAAAACCCCCGUGAGACUCCUGACGUCCGUUUCUGUUCCCGCCCUUUGACAAAUCAACACAAAAGGCUGGUGUCGGUUUGUUGUCGAACAUCGUUGGUCUGAGUUUCAGUCCUGCUUUAAAUAUGUUUUUGUUUCGCUUCUCAAAAUUCAACGUUUCCAUGUAAAACGACAUAAAGCGGCUCAUCUUACCGAGGCGCGGCCGGAAACGGAAGUAUUGCUCCGCUGCACGAAAAGACAUGAUUACACCGAGCUGCAACGAUUAGUCGACGAAUUAAUGAGUCGUUCGGCGGCAAGUUAAUCUGCCACGGUGUCGCUCAUCGCAGGAGCGAGGAGAGACGUUUGGGUUUGGGGCUGCUGGUUGGAGUCGCCAUCUUGGCCUGAGACAAAUCAAAACAGGCUUUUUCACCCUACUGACAUUUUACAGACAGAACGACUCAUCGAUUAAUCAAGAAAACAAACAGAGUAAUCAAUAGUGAGGAUGAGCGCUGGUUUCAGCCCCACGACGAAAUGACAACGCUGCACGUCCAUCUGUAAAGAAACACCUCAGGGGAUUCUUUUCCCCCGUUUCUCACUUUCAGACAGGUUUAGACGCUGAAGCUGAAGCUUCUCAGUCACGAGGUCACCGUUCUUCUCCACAUAAAUCCAGGUCCACGUGAAAACCUGCUGUGCUCAGACCAGGACCGGGCUGGCUUUUCAAAUCCAGUUUCAGGCAGGUUUCCCUCCGCUGACAAACUGAAGUCAACCCCGGUCUGGUGUUUUUAUAUUUCUGUGCUGGAUCUCCCAAAUGUGAUGUGUUCAUGGUCCUCAGGGAAAGAACCAACUCUCGUGCAUCCGCUGUCAGACAGUCAGCCUUCAUCCUCCUCCUCCGCCUCCCGAUGGACGAGACGGUGAAACCUCUGAGGAUUCCUCCCCAGAUGUCAGUUUACGCCGACGAGCACGGCGUCUUCCACCUGGUGCAGAGCUUGGUGUCCAGUCUGGUGAUUGAUCAGCCUGAGGAUCCGAUCUCCUACCUGAUCAGUCUUCUGCAGAGGAGCAGCACGGACGUUCCCAGGGUCAUGCUGCUCGGUCCUCCAGCUGUUGGGAAACGAACUGUGGCCAAGAAGCUGAGUGCUGAGCUGAGAGCUGUUCAUGUGACCACAGACAGUUUACUGCAGGACCAAUCGGAGCUGAGCGUGCAGGCGCGCCAACACACGCAGCAGGGGCUUCCUGCCGAGCUGCUGGUCAGACUGAUUCAACGGAGACUGAACGAGGUCGACUGCUUCAACAGGGGCUGGGUGUUGGAGGGAAUCCCACAGACUCGCCUGCAGGCUCUGAGUCUGCAGCAGGCCGGAGUCAUCCCCGAACAUGUUGUGAUGUUGGAGGCUCCUGAUGAUGUGUUGUUGGAGAGGAGUCGGGGGAAACUGGUUGACCCACUGACAGGAGACGUGUACCAUCAGACCUUCAUCUGGCCAGUCGAUGACAUCAUCACUCAGCGUCUGGAGAAGGGGCGGGGCAUGUCAGAGACACAGCAAUUGGUUGAACUGCAGCAUUUCCGCUGUGAGGUCACAGGUCUGACUUCAGCUUAUCAACACGUCCUGAAGAUCAUCAACAGUGACCAACCACACGCCGACGUCUAUCAACAAGUGCUGACUUUCGUGCGGACUCGCCGUCGCUUCAGAACUCCCAGAAUCCUCCUGCUGGGUCCGCCGGGGUCGGGGAAGAGUCACCAAGCCACACUGUUGUCAGAGAAAUACAAGAUGGUGGACGUGUGUUGUGGUCAGCUGUUGAGGUCCGUAGCGGCUGAUGGUUCGAGUCUGGGACAGGAGAUCCAACCAUACCUGGAUGAUGGACGACCAGCUCUGAUGAAUUGUCUUUACCAGACACCAAAUCUUAGACAGCGAACUCCAGACAAACUUCUCCUGGUUCCAGACACCCUGGCGCUGCAGGUUCUGGAGCAGCGUCUGAGCCAGGUGGACUGCAGCUGCAGAGGCUGGAUCCUGCACGGCUUCCCCUGUGACCUGCAGCAAGCCAAGAGCCUGCAGGAGUCCCAGCACCAGCCCAACAGAGUUUUCUUCCUGGAGCUGACAGAUGAUGUUUGUCUGGAGAGAAUCACCCUGAGAGCUACGGAUCCAGUCAGCGGAGAGAGGUUUCACGCUGUGACUCGGCCGGCUCCGAGCUCCCGGGUCCAGAACAGACUGCAGACCAGACCGGAGGACGGCGCGCGCACUGUAACACACACGCUGAACCAGUACAGGAUACACACUGCUGUUCUGCAGUCUGUGUAUCCGGAUGCGGUUCAUAUCGAUGCUGAUCAGGAUCCUCACUCUGUGUUUGAGGCUCUGGAGAGCAGAUUAAGUACUGACUGACAGGAGGACUCACCUGGACUCACCCGGACUCAGGUUGGAGAGACAGAGGAGAACACAGAGCGUCUCCUCUGCUUCUACUCAUCUAAACUACUUUUUAAAUGUUCUUGGUUUGUUCUCAAAAAAAUAAAAAAAUUUCUCUUUUUCCUUUCAUGAA